AUGACACAGUCGAAGAUCAUCUUCGAUGUGUCCGUGGAGGUAAUGGCCCAGCAGAGGAUCAUGAGGCAGUUCGGCUCUCGACAGCUGGUCGAUCCUCCGCCACCGAUAGCACCUCUCCCUGCCUACGUCCACAAGUACAACAGGAAGGGUACUAACCACUCCUCGACAUGGUGGCUUCAGCGCGUUGGCUCGUAUGUUGCUGAGUGGGAUGGUGCGACAACACACGUCUGGCCGAACGAUGAGCAGUUUGAUCCACAGGAGUUUGACGCAUAUCUGCAGAGGUACACUGGAGCCACGCGAGUGCGCCUCAUCCCGCCGACUGAUCCAGCCGAGGCGCCUCCUGCGUCUAUGCACGAUAUGUACCCGACUCAGUCCACAGCCGGCAGUCGACAGCACGCGGGCCAGAUGACUUCAUACUUACAGGAUGAAGUCGCUCGGUACACACGUCAAGUGUCCAGUGAGCCUCUAACCCUAACCACUUCCUUUCCUCCCCGCCGCCACUCUCUCCAUCUCCUCACUGCCCUCCUUUUCUUCACGGGAAAUCACCGCCACAUCCAUGAACUGCCGCUCGAGCUCGGCCUCCUCGCCUGGGUCUGCUCGCCGGCCGCCUCCUCGACCUCCGGCGGAACCCCUACCUCGCCGCCGACAUUCCCAACGACGUCUUCGACGUCAACCUGCAGUGAUGCGUUCGUCGCUAAGCUCCUGCCCCGUGCGCGCGACGGCAACACCUCCGCCGUCAUGGACCUGCAGCCGUCCUUCAACGACCUCUCUUCAACGCUGAAGCCCGCACCGCCCUUAGCCGGCCUGGACUCCUCUCGUGAGCGCUCGUUCUCAUCUUGUCUUCCCGGUCGUUUACCAGCAUGA